AUGUAUCCUGAUUGGCCCGAAUCUGCCGCCGAUUUGGUGCCACUGCCGCGGUGCGACGGCCCCAAGUUGAAGGCAUUCCCCUUCCCGGGCCCGCAGAAGAUGGAGUUUCUCGAAUACCUCGGCGAGGGCUUGCAUGCACACGUCUUCAAGAUCAGGAUCAGCGGGCAGGUCUACGCGUUAAAACUUUUCAGAUUCGUCUACGAUGGGGAUUGGCUGGGUCCUUCGCACCACGUCGACCCCGACGACCUCGAGGGGAUGAGCGCCUUCUACAACUACUCGGAGCCUUUUACCUGCGAGUGCCGCGCUUUUGGUCGCCUCCAAGAGGCCGGCCACGAAGAACUGGCGGUCCGAUGCUACGGUUAUCUGCUCCUGGACGAGGACCAUGAGAGAGCCGUCAUGACUCAGUUUGGCGGCCGCAACCUCAGCUUCAACGGGAACAUCGACUUCCCCGACGGCGAGGACAUGCGCUCGCGCUUUCUGGGAAAAGACGGCAGGGCCCCGCCUAUCCGGGGCAUCGUCAAGGAGUUUGGUCCCGGCUGCCAAGAUUUGCGCACGAGGGACGCGCGCAGGAUACUCCGACACGUGGUUCGAUUGCAGCAGCUUGGCAUCAUCCAAAUUGAUGUGGGACACCGACAGCUCAUCGGUGGCAAGUUUGCCGACUUCAGCACCGCCAUUACUGUUCCCCAUUUUGUCACGACCCCGGAGCUGAACCCGCGACUUACGCCCGAGGGGAUAUCGGCCAUGGAGUUUGAAACGUUCCAGUUCAGCAUCAACGACUACUGGGACUUUGACGACAUGGUCAACGAGUGGAACGACGAGUGCGGGGACCACAAGAGGAAAAUCUCAGUCUAUGCAUUUCCCAACGGGCUUGGUUGUCGAACGAAAUACAAACUCAGAAGUACGCCGUCGCGGGGGCGUGUCUUUUCCUUCGUUGAUCCAAGGCUGUAUGACUGGAGGACUUUCGCCGCUAGUCCCAGGAAUAGAGCGACUCGAACACCGGGUGGAGGAAGCAAAUCGGAGCCAAAGACCCUUGUCAACGGAGGUGCCGUGUCCAAGACCCGCCUGCGGCUCCUUGCGAAGCCCCCCAGAUGGUACUUGGAUUUCAGUAGCGAGGUGGCGGCGAAUCUCAAGGGCAAAACGAGUUUCAGCAACUCGCUCGAGUGGGAUUUCAAAGAUGGGCUCAUAGUUCCGCUUUCGCGCAUGGCAAAACACCCAGCACUCACAGUGGCGUAA